AUGUCCAGCUCGUUAGCUAAGAAAUUGGAGGAAAAACAGCAUGAAUAUGCGUCUGUUUGUAAUUUACGGGAUUUGUCGCGGGAUUUAGCUGACCGUUUUGAAAAAAUGGCAGUAAAACUGGAAUCAUUAAGUAAUGGAACGGAGGCCGUAGCAAGCGUUCUAGAUAACUGGAAGGAAAUCUUUCAAACUAUACGGUUGGCAAGCUCUCACGCAGGAACUCUUGUUCGGAUCCCUCAAACAGAAGAUAUCCCAAAGAAGGCGAACGAGUGA